UCCGCCCACUUGGAGGAAGCAUUUUGUGACAUGCUAGGGGAGACAACAGAGUUCUUCAUUUUCGGCAAAGUUGACUGGACAGUGUCCGGAGCAGCUGUCAAGAAAUUACCUGGCCUUAGAUUUUUCUACAAAUCUCCUUUCUUCGAUGGACUGGACGGAUUUCUGCCGCCAGCUACACAUAGGGACUACAUCCGGGUCUUUUACCAACUGUCACAGAUUUUCGGCAUCAGGAACGUCUUUGAAUCGUUUCUCACGGCUGCCAGGUUUUAUUGGCGGAGCUCAACCGACAAGGAGCAGGGGGCAUGUGACGUCAUACAGUCUGCCCAUCUCCUCGGCCAGGACAGGGAGAAAUAUGCCACCACAUUUCGGGCAGAAAACGUCUCUCUUUUGAGUUGCCAGGAUUUGAGCGGCCCACCCGGCACAACACGCCAACUUUGACCGUUGUCCCGACAAGAGGAAGUGGUGCAUCUGGGUACAGCGCCACCUAUCAUGAAGACAGAGAUUACCCUUUGACCUUUUCGUGGGGGUCAAUGGGC